AUGAGCGGGCCUCCCGCCGCCUGCACCCCCGUAGUCACCCGCCGGACCACGGACCAGCAAGCAGCGCGUGGCGCCCGGGGCGGCCACGGACCAGGCCGACUUGGAAUGGGGAAGGAGGGGACACGGGAGGACCGAGGCCUGGACGGUCCCCGGGCCGCCGUUUCCGGCCAGCCGGGUCCAGGCGGCGGCGGCGGCGGCGGGGACCCUUCCCCCAUCAGGCCUCACCUCUUCCACCCCAACCCGAACCCCAAGCCCAUGGCGGGCGCGGCGAGUGCGGACCGGGGCGGGCCCGCGCAGCGGAGAGCCCGCGGCCGCCCUCACCUCCUCGGCUCCGGGGCCACCGCGCUGCACUCUUCCUCCUGUCGCCCGCCUCGCGGAUGCUGGCGGCGGCGGCGGCGACUCAGACCCUUGGGGUCAGGGGGACGGGCGCCCAGGCCGGAAGUGACCUUCCCGGCCGCUUCCGCUCGCGCCUCGGCCUCGGCCUCUCCUCCUCCCCCGCCCGGGCCGCCGCCGCUUCCUCGCCGCUCUAGGCAGGCGAGCUCCGCGACCCCUGCUGGCCGCCGCCGCCGCCGCCCCUUCACCCCCCGCCCCCCGUCCCCCCGCCCGGCUCUAUGGUCACCGAGAGGCGCCUCGGGACGCCACUUCCGGAUGCGUCUAGGACGCGGGUCCUCCGCCCCGCUCUAUGGCGCCGCGCUCCCACGGGGCCCCGGCCCCGCCCCCUCCCAGGCCGAAGGCCGCGCUCGGCCCGUUAGGCGCACACUUCCGGGUGGCGUCGGGGCGGGCCCCCAACCCCAGCCUCGCCGCCACUCGCGCCUGCGCGGAGAGCCGCCCGCGGGGACGCUCCCGCCACUCCGGUCCUCCUGGCGUCUCUAUCGCCGUAACCCGUUCGGCGCCGGGGCGCCGGAGAGCUCAGGCCCCAGACACCGGGACUCAGGGUUGCACUUUGGGGACGGCCUCAUCUGGAGAUCGGCUCCCCCCCCCUCCUCUCCCCGCGUUUUGCAGAGGACCAGAGUUCGCGUGACCUUAUUAAAGUGGCACAGCAAGAAUGGCGGGGGGCCUGGGCUCGAACCUGCAGAGUGUGCCUCUAAGUGUGUUCAGCCUGUGGCUGAAAGGCUGCCGCCGCCUCGUAGGCGGGAGAUCCAUCACGGUCUUCGAGGAUAA